UUUUUCUUAUGACAUGACAGGAGUCAGGUGUCAAAACGUUCUAUCUACUGAUUACGAUCGUGUUUGUGUUUGUGUCGCUAAUUUCUCUAUCAUUUCUUCUCUAAUUACUGCAUAGAGCGAAUUGAAAUAUAAACAAACAAUAUUUAGUAGUGUGUCAAAGAAUUUUCAAUCGCAACGAUGACGGAGGUACAGCUUCAAGAGUUCAAACUAGAGCCGGACUCAGAACUAAGAUUUGAAGUGGAAUCUAAAAACGAAAAAGUAGUUUUAGAGGUGAAGAGUGGUUAUGCGGAACUUUUUGGCACAGAACUCGUGAAAGCGAAGCCAUAUGAGUUCCAUACGGGUGCGAAAGUUGCUGUGUUCACGUGGCACGGCUGUACUGUGGAGUUGAGGGGUAAAACUGAAGUCAGUUAUGUGGCUAAAGAGACUCCAAUGGUGGUAUACCUCAAUGUCCACGCAGCUCUUGAGCAGCAAAGAGUGGCAGCGGAACAGGAGUCCACUCGAGGUCCAGUCACCAUGGUUGUUGGACCUGGAGAUGUGGGCAAGUCCACUCUUACCAGGAUCCUAUUGAAUUACGCAGUGAGAAUGGGACGGAGGCCCAUUUAUGUUGAUCUUGACGUUGGGCAGGGACAUAUUAGUGUACCGGGUACUAUAGGGGCACUCUUGGUAGAAAGACCAGCAUCAAUAGAGGAAGGGUUCAGUCAGCAGGCCCCACUGGUGUAUCACUUUGGACAUAGUUCUCCAGGAGAGAACCUCGAACUGUACAACACUAUAGUGGGCAGACUGGCUGAGGUGAUCGCUGAACGAUGUGAGAAUAAUAAAAAAGCAUCGACAUCAGGAGUCAUCAUCAACACUUGUGGGUGGAUUAAAGGAGAUGGAUAUAAGGUGCUCUCACACGCUGCUCAAGCUUUUGAGGUUGAUGUGAUCCUGGUUCUGGACAAUGAGAGACUUUACAACGAGCUCAAGCGAGACAUGCCUAAGUUUGUGAAAGUCGUCUAUUUACCAAAGAGUGGAGGUGUGGUAGAAAGGUCGUCGACACAGCGCGCGGAGGCCCGCGACGCGCGCAUCCGCGAAUAUUUCUAUGGCAAACGGACGCCGUACUACCCGCACUCCUUCGAUGUCAAGUUCAACGACUUGAAGAUAUAUAAGGUGGGCGCGCCGUCGCUGCCGGCGUCGUGCAUGCCGCUGGGCAUGCGCGCGGCGGACGCGCUGACGAAGGUGGUGCAGGUGAGUCCGUCGGGCGCGCUGCAGCACCGCGUGCUGGCCGUGUCGUUCGCGGCCGGCCCGCACGACGACGUACUGCACUCCAACCUCGCCGGCUUCGUCUGCGUGUCAGUACCUUCCACUAUCUUUAUAUAUAUCAUUCUGCAGCACCGCGUGCUGGCCGUGUCGUUCGCGGCCGGCCCGCACGACGACGUACUGCACUCCAACCUCGCCGGCUUCGUCUGCGUGUCAGUACCUUCCACUAUCUUUAUAUAUAUCAUUCUGCAGCACCGCGUGCUGGCCGUGUCGUUCGCGGCCGGCCCGCACGACGACGUACUGCACUCCAACCUCGCCGGCUUCGUCUGCGUGUCAGUACCUUCCACUAUCUUUAUAUAUAUCAUUCUGCAGCACCGCGUGCUGGCCGUGUCGUUCGCGGCCGGCCCGCACGACGACGUACUGCACUCCAACCUCGCCGGCUUCGUCUGCGUGUCAGUACCUUCCACUAUCUUUAUAUAUAUCAUUCUGCAGCACCGCGUGCUGGCCGUGUCGUUCGCGGCCGGCCCGCACGACGACGUACUGCACUCCAACCUCGCCGGCUUCGUCUGCGUGUCAGUACCUUCCACUAUCUUUAUAUAUAUCAUUCUGCAGCACCGCGUGCUGGCCGUGUCGUUCGCGGCCGGCCCGCACGACGACGUACUGCACUCCAACCUCGCCGGCUUCGUCUGCGUGUCAGUACCUUCCACUAUCUUUAUAUAUAUCAUUCUGCAGCACCGCGUGCUGGCCGUGUCGUUCGCGGCCGGCCCGCACGACGACGUACUGCACUCCAACCUCGCCGGCUUCGUCUGCGUUACGGCAGUGGACAUGGACCGACAGAUGCUGACGAUCCUGUCCCCGCAGCCGCGGCCGCUGCCUAACACCGUCCUGCUCCUGUCGGAGCUGCAGUACAUGGACAACCACUAGUCCGUGCUAUUUGGCCCGCGGGUGCGUCACGCCUUCUGUAACAUCUCGCUCACUCAUUGAGCGGGACCUUCAUUGUGUGUGCUCUUUUCUUUAUAAAGGUCAGUUAGGACGACUAAGGAAAUGGUAUAAAAGUCACCAGUUCAUCACCACUGUUAAUAUAUCAGUCACAAGGUGUGAACUGCUGGAUAUGGGGCUUUUAGAUCACUUUGUUAGAAUUAGAACAUGAAUAUAAGAAGUUGUCGUCAUUUUUUAUUGAGACAUAGGUGUCGAAUUAUGGAUUAAAGAAAAUAUUGAUGUGAAAAUGUGUUGCUAUUAAUUUUCUGAUUAUGAAAUUAUUCUUUAUGAAUUUUGUAUGCCAAGGGAAGGUUUUUUUACGAAUGAACCAUGUAUAAUGUGUAAUUUUAUAUUAAUCAAUUUUAUGUGCAUGCAUUAAUAAAACAAUGAAUAAUGUUUUCUUUUACGUAAUAUGAAAUACGCUCCUAGAACUAUGAUAGCAUUAUCAUAUUUGUUUUACAUUCAAGAUCAAUUUCUUCAUCAAAUUAACUUUCGACCGAAAUGAGAAAAGAGCACAUUGUGAUAGUUACAUUGCGUUACGCAGCCGGGAGUCAAACUUGUGUCCUUGGUGAUGUGAUAUGUGACAGAUCUCCAGAUCUAAAAACUGCCUGUACAUAUAUUUAAAGUAGACAUUUUAACGAAUAAUAAUAAAAGACUGUUGUUUUAAAACGACCAUGUAAUACUAAUUAAAAUGAUAUGUGAAAUAUA